CUAAAUCGAAGUUGGACACAUUUGGUCUCCUCAUUACUUUCCAGCUGCCCCUAUGGCCCAUGCAUUAUUAUUACUCUUGACUUGACCAUAAAAGAAAAGGAGAAAGAAGGAAGAAGGGGUGUGAAUACUGAAUCUUAUCUACACAAUCCAGUUCCCACUCAACUCUGAGAUUUUGAUCUGUUGGUUCAUCCAUCCAUGGCUCUGUUCCGAGGUACCAACUCUUCUUAUCCAUGUAGCUAUCACGUGUUCUUGAGCUUCAGAGGUGAAGACACCCGAAAGAACUUCACUGAUCACCUCUACACGGCCCUUGUCAAUGCCGGAUUUCAUACUUUCAGGGAUGACCCUGAACUCGAGAGAGGGGAGAAUAUCAAGGAAAAGCUUGAGAAUGCCAUUCGACAGUCGCGGAGUUCUGUGAUUGUGUUUUCGAAAGACUACACCUCUUCCAGAUGGUGUCUGGACGAGCUUGUCAUGAUCCUUGAACGCAAGAGGACCUCCGAUCAUGUCGUGUUACCGGUUUUCUACGACGUUAAUCCAUCUCAACUGAGGAAGAAGGCAGAAAGCCUUGUGAGGAGGCACAGUGGAGUUCUUGCAAAAGCAUUUGCCAGACUUAAAAAGAACAAAAAAAAGCAAUCGCUGGAGAAACUGAGUAGGUGGACGGAAGCACUUAUUGAAGUUACAGAUCUAGCAGGCCUGGUGUUAGAAAAUCAAGCUGACGGGCACGAGUCCAAGUUCAUCCAAAAGAUUGUUACAGAGAUUCAAGACAAGCUAGCUCGUGUGCCUCUGACCGAUGUCGAGGAGAUGUUACAGAAGAAGUUGUUGUUUAUUAACCCUUACCUCGAUGAUGCCGAGGGGAAGCAACUGAACAACCCAACUGUGAAGGCAUGGUUCAAUGAGCUUAAAGAAGCUGUCUAUGAUACCGAGGACCUAUUGCAGGAGAUCAAGACAGAAGCAUUAAGACAAAAGAUGGAACCCGAAUCUGGAAGUAGCUCAAGUAAGGUACAAGACCUCAGCUCUAGUCUUCCAUCUCAUGCUUUUGACUCAACAUUAAUUUACCCCAGGGUAAAGGAAGCUCUUAAUAGACUAGAUUCCAUUAUGGAGAAGAGAAAAGAUGUCUUGGGUUUGGAAUCAAGUGCUGGAUGCUGGGUAUCGCAAACACUACAGUCAACUUCUUUGCUCGAAGACUCUGGUGUGUGUGGUAGAGAUGACGAGAAGGAGAAACUUAUUGAAUUGUUGCUAUCAGAUGAUGAGAGUGGCAAUAAGAUAAGUGUGAUUCCUAUUGUGGGUAUGGGUGGGAUCGGAAAGACCACCCUUGCCCGGCUUUUGUACAACGAUGUUAGAGUUGAACAACAUUUUGACAUCCAAGCAUGGGCUUCUGUUUCUGAAAAAUUUGAUGUUCUUCGGAUCUCACAACAAAUUUAUGAGUCCCUGACUUUAGAUGCUUGCAACAUUGGGAACUUAGAUCUACUUCAGUUAAAAUUGAAGGCGGCUUUGAAGGGAAAAAUGAUUUUCCUCGUUCUUGAUGACAUGUGGAACAAGAAUUAUACUGAAUGGGAGGUCUUAAGGCGUUCUUUCCAAUUUGGAGCACAUGGAAGUAAGAUUAUUGUCACAACACGCAAUCAAGAUGUUGCAUGUAUGGUGGGUACUCUUGAAACUCACUAUCUCAUGCCAAUGCCUGAGGAAGAUGGCUGGCGAUUAUUUGAAAAACAUGCCUUCAAAAAUACAGGUGUUGGUGCUCGCACACAUCUUGGAGAAAUCGGUAGACAAAUUGUUCGAAAGUGCAAGGGUCUUCCUUUGGCUAUUAAGUCCCUUGCGGGUCUCCUAUGUUCUAAAUCAAAUGUGGGUGAAUGGGAAACUAUAUUGAACAGUGAACUCUGGGAGUUGCCUUUGGAGAGUGACAUUCUGCCAUCUCUUUGGUUGAGUUAUAUGUACCUGCCUUCACAACUCAAACAUUGUUUUGGAUGUUGUUCGAUAUUUCCUAAGAACUAUGAGUUCAGCACAUCAGAAUUGGUUUACUUGUGGAAGGCUGAAGAUCUAUUGCAACCUAAAAAAAACAAAACUAUAGACGAAAUCGGAGAAGAUUACUUCAAUGAUCUAAUCUCAAUGUCAUUUUUUCAAGUUUCAUCAAGUUCAGAUCAAUAUUUCAUGCAUGACCUUAUCAAUGAUUUAGCAAGCUUUGUAUCAGGAAAAUUUUGUUUAAGGUGGAAGGGCAGUGAUUCAACCAACAAUUUGAGCAAGACUCGUCACUUUUCAUAUUUUCGGUUAUAUCAUGAUGAGGCUGAGAUAUUUGAGGCUUUGCAGCAAGCUGAACGUUUGCACACCUUUCUACCAUUAGAUCCAUAUUCGUGCAUGAAGUCGUCGGGCAUAAGUCUCUACAAGGCGAACAAAGGACUCUACGAGGCAUUGCCAAAGUUUCAAUGUUUAAGAAUGCUCAAGUUAUCAGGGUACAAUUCCUUAGAAUUGCCUGAUUCAAUUAACAACUUGAAACAUCUUAAGCACUUGGACUUGUCUUCCAGUUCCAUCAAAAAGUUACCUGAUACAAUUUGUACUUUGUAUAACUUGCAAGUAUUGUUGUUGUCAAACUGUCGAGUCCUUACCAAACUGCCAGCCAACUUGGGAAGAUUGAUCAACUUGAGCCAUCUGGAUAUUGAAAAUUGUAAAAACUUGAAAAAGAUGCCACCGUAUAUGGGUAAGUUGAAAGACCUCCAGAUGCUACCAGAGUUUGUGCUAGACAAACACACUGCUGUGGAUAAUUUGGCAGAGUUAAAGAAGCUUGAAAAAUUGCGUGGAAGACUUUGUAUCUCAGGGCUUGUGCAUAGCUGCGGUUUGGAGGCCUACAUACUGAGGGACAAGAAGUUUCUUACGGAACUGGUUUUGGAUUGGGGACGAACGCCUUGGGGACGAAGGCAUGUAAGUAAAGAAAACAAUAAUACUGUAGAAGAAAGAGAAGUGCUUGAGAAGCUCCAACCUCACCUGAACCUGGAAAGGCUUACAAUUGAACAUUAUGGAGGCAAAAUGUUUCCAGGUUGGUCAGAAUAUUAUUUUUCCUCUGCUCUUGUUUCUCUUAAACUUGAUUAUUGUCAGAAUUGUAUCUCCUUGCCACCAUUGGGACAGCUACCUUCCCUCAGAGAGCUUCAUAUAGAAUGGUUGAGUGCGUGGCAAGAAUGGUCUGAUGUUGGAGGUGACAAUAAUGAAGGUGGGGUUUUUCCUAAUCUUGAGAAGCUUGAAGUAAAAUUCUGUCACAAUCUUACCGGGAGAUUAGCGUCAGACAGCCUCCCAUCUCUUGAGUCUUUGGAGGUAUGGGAUUGCCCAGAAUUCGAAUGUUUUCCGGAAGAUGGAUUCCCGUCAAAGCUAAAAUCACUUGCGAUCUGGGGCUGUAAGAGUAUGCAGAAUCUGAAUAAGGGUCUCCGAACACUCACCUCUCUUGAAAUAUUGAAACUUAAUUUUGCUAAAUUAGAUUGGUUUGCGGAGGAGCGGUUUCCCAGCACUCUCACAUAUCUAUGGAUCUUCCGUCUGAAUUGUGAGACCAUCGACGGCGCCAAGUGGUUUGGCCAUCUCAACUCUCUUCAAUCCUUGAGGAUAUGGAAUUGCCCAGCGCUCCGGUGCUUGCCAGAAAGUGGGCUACCCACUUCUCUUUCUUUUCUAGAAAUCUAUCAAUGUCCUUUGCUUCAGAAACGGUGCCAAAGAGAGACGGGUGAAGAUUGGCCCAAGAUUGCUCACAUCAACCGCAUACUUAUCGAUAUGGUAAUGAUAUGACAACGACAGAGGGCUUGCUUCAGAAACAAUAUGAUCCUAUUGUUUGAUUCCACACUUCUAGGGCCUCGCAUGAACUCAUGAUCGAUGGGUUUGACAACGACAUGCCAUAUGAAGGAGAAACAGACCAUUUCCAUUUCCUAUGGUUAGAAGAGCUAUUGAUACUGGGAAUAUAUAUGUUGUUGUCAAUUGAUACCUUGAAAAGCUGGAAAAUUAAUGUGUCUUAUUUCUGCCCUGUUUCUUGAUAUGCAGCAGUUUCGUGGAAAGUGAGCAAAAUUUCUUGAUAUGUUAAGACAGAGAUAGGCCAAGUUUAAGAUUGCAGGAAACUGUUCUUUAUCUCCUGCACUCAUUCACACUGUUUCCAAACACAAUGAAAAUCACAGAGAGCCAAUUUUGGUGUGAUAUCAGCUUCCUAGACAUUACAAGAUUACAACUAUAUGCAGUGCUGCCUCUAGCAUUUCAUAAUACUUGAAGCUGUUGGACCCUUAUCUCAAUAACCAGUUAUCAGACCUGUCAAAAGUGAAAACAAUCAAAACAUCUCAUAAUACUUCAAAUCAGUUCUUGCAAAAAAGACUUUGUUACAAACAAUUUGCAGUGUGUGAAGAAGGGUCUCGUAAGUCGUAACAGAGCAAGGGGAAGAUUGUCCCAAGAUUGCUGACACAGACAUUUAUCAAUAUGGAUAUGACGUGGUUGCGAUGUCUUGACAUAGUUAUCAUAAUCAUCUAAUAAUCCGUCAGAUGCAGCAUAAGUAAGAAAAUAUUUUUGAGGCUCUAUACUAUUUGACCUCCUGGAGAGUCACCUUCUUGGAGAGGGAAAGAGAGGUUAAUUAAUUAAGACUGCUCUCAUCCCCAACAUUGUCAAGAUUUGCAUUGUCCUGACAGUCCCGGUAGCAAUGCUUCUACUAAUGGGGAGUGGUAACUUUUUUGGUGGGACUCCUAUGCCUUGGAGGAGCGCUAACUGAUGAAAGCUCCAUCUUCUAGGGAGCCAGACUUGGAAAGAGCAAAAGGAAGUUCCCAGUUUGUAGUGACUAGUGAUCCAGAGUUCUAUAGAUAACUGGAUACUUGGCUCCGAUGAUUGCAUACACACCCAUGUCACUUUCUUUUUCUUGUAUAAUAAAUGAGAUGGUCUGUGCAAAUACAAUGCUGCCUGAGUGAAACUGGAGAGAGGGAGGGAGGGAGAUUGGCCCAACACAUGAUGUGCAAGAUCAUAAUUGGUUUUAGCACUAAGCUAGCUGCAGGGGAAUGGCAGAUGCAAUUUCGGUCUGCUAUCUGUUGGCAUUGUUCAAGCUGCAGGGGAAUGGCAGAUGCAAUUUCGCUCUGCUAUUGCACAGAAGCCACAAACGAAGUUGCCUGGAGGGUCGGUGCAACCAGAGGUUGUGACUUGGAAACCGCCAGAACAGGACUAUCUAAAAAUGAAUUUUCAUGGUGCUACGAUGUGAAAAAUGGAGUAAGCGGAAUUGGUGCUGUCUUCCGGGAUCAUCAGGGCAGGUUAGAAGGUGCUGUGGCUGCUUCACUGGUUAGUAAUAUAUCUCCCAGAGCGGUGGAGUCAUUAGCAUUGUUGCAUGUUGUCAGCUUCAGGCUGCUAGUAAUGUUAUUCUUUUUUGUUUUGCCAGUGUAUAUGUUACAAGUUUACAAUUAAAUGUGGCACUACCACUAAAGGUGUUUUUACUUUUGUUUAGGAUAAGGAAUUGAAGAAUUAAAUGGUCUUUACUAAACGUCAUUGCUUAUCUCUAUGUUCCAUUCGAUCCUGAGCCUUGGCUACAUUGUGUAAAAGAUGGAAAGAGAAAGGUGAAUUAUGAUGUGCGAUGUCCUGAUAGUCCCAGUUGCAGUGCUGCCACUGAAGUAGAAUUACAGUAAUCAGCAAACAAACUUGGUGACCAUGGCAACAGACAACACAUGGCCAGAUCCCAUAGUUGAUUCCACGGUUCUAACCAUUCCCUGCUGAUGAUUUGAGUUUUGAAUCAGGAAAACACCUAAAAAGCCACUGACAGGAUUAUGUUAAGAGAUAUGGCAUUUCAUCCAUUAAAAGUCUGAGCCUCGACUAGCAAUGUCCCAAUUGCUUGCCUUCAAAUACUGACAUUAGAUCAAUACGGUGUGAUUAAACUCAAGUUCCACUAUAGGUAGUGGUCUUUCAAAUGGCACUCUUGCUAUUGGUAAAAGCAUAUUAUUCUUGCCAGUUUGUUCAAUUACAAGCAAGCAUGUGCAGCAGCUCCCCCCUUCUUGAGUGAUCUCGUCUUGAAUUGUACUUGGAAAAACAUGGCUACUGCAUUCUCUUUGUUCUCUGUUUCCAACACGCAGCAUCUCAGUAACCAAAUGUUUGGAGGCUUUCAACUUGUGGACCUCCUCAGCCCUAAAAAGCGACAUAUAUGCCCAUGGAGACAAAGGGGAAGGUUAAGAUUGCUCACGCCACCAACAGACAUCAGUUAAUGAUAGGAGCUGAGUUGAUGUCCAAGUUUGAGUAAACGUAAUUAUCAAUUUCUCUCAGGAUAGCAAGGAAAUGACUGAAGGUUGUGAGGGUUGUUCACACUUACAGGAUUAUCCAGUCUGGAAGUAUAUUUGGGGGCUUAAGGUACCAGCAGCAGCAAGGGUAUUUGUUUUGCAUGCUCUUCAUGAUAUUUUGCCUUGUGCUCAUAACCUGUAUAAGCGAACAUUUACUUCGCUCUCCGAUUUCUUACUGGUGUAAACUAGCAAUAAAAAGUAUAGCGGCCAGUGGCGGUGCUGCAACUGACGGAGCGUUACAUUAAUCAUCAAAAAUUGUUCCCUGUGGCAAAAGAUAACACACCACCAAACAGUGAUGCACCUUGAAUGAUAAGAACUGCCCUUACAGACCUAUAAACAAUGUGGGUACUAGAAUUUCUCCUUUCCAUUUUCAUGGGCCAACUUCUGGAACUGGAUUCUCUUCUGAUCAAAGCUUCUCUGGUUGUUAUGCAAUGCUGCCAGCUGCAACUGAAGCAUCUCAGCAAGGAAAAAUUCUCCUGAUUCUAGGACACUUUGGGAUGCCAGAGAAGGAUCAUUUCCUGUUACAUAACUCUUAAAAACAAUAGUCCAGUGUGGUCACCUAAUCGGUGAGGGUGGGGUUUACUGUCAAAGGCUUCAACUUCCAAGGAGCAUACUUAUAAAUACACCAACCGGCAGUUAUGUUUUAUUUGUUUCCUUCUGCUAACUUGCUAUUUGUGUUCUAUUUAUAUGGCUUUAUUAAUGAUGUAUCAACAAGAAUCACUUGAUUUCAUUAGCUAUUAUAUUGAUGUAGUGAUCAUAUAAGAGUUUCAGAAUGUUUCAUUAAUGCAAUUGUGAAGGAAUUGGUUUA